GGAAGUGACGAACCCCGGAGGCGGGGGGGCGGGUGUUUCCGGUUCCGGGUCGGCGGCGGCGGCCGAGGAAGGGGGGGGGGCGCCGGGGCCGCGGCUGUUUGUAAACUUGUCGGUGCGGCGCGGAGCGGAGCGCGGAGGGGCCGCGGCAGGCGAAGACCAGCAGCACCAGCAGCGUUGUCCCCGCGGGGAAGCGGCUCCCGCCCCGGAGCAGGGGGGGGGCGGGUGGCAGCGCCGAAGAUGUCCCCUUUCUAAGAAGCGUUUUGGGGGGCAGCUGCCCGUUCCUGCCUAACCCUGCCUAACCCCGCCAGCCCCCCCCCACCCCCAAACCCCCCCCCCGGGCUGAGGAGGAGGCGCCUCACCGCACCCAGGGCGAAGAUGUCGGCAAAGUGGAGGGUACUGGACGAGCCCGGCAAAAAAAAAAAAAAAAAUUAACUGAAACCCACCUUUCUAACCGUUAAAAAAAUUCUUUUCCUGGGCGAGAAUUAAGGCUAAAGAAUUGUUACAAUCCGUUUGUCGAGGACAGACAGACAGACACAAGAUGGCUCAGGCGAGUCUCCUGGCCUGCGAGGGCCUCUCCGGCGUCUGCCUGGUCCCCACCGCCGCCAGCAAGAAGAUGAUGCCGAAACCCAGCGGGAAACAGGGCGAGAGCCGGGAGCGGGGCAGCAGCCCCGACGUGCUGGCGCUGCGUCAGGACGGGGAGAAAUCCCGCGGCCGCAAGGAGGAGGAAUCGGCCGAGGCCUCGCAGCCCAAGAAAUCCAUUAAAAAGCGCCGCAAGCGGGUGGCCGGCGCCGAGGGACCCAGUCGCUCCUCCCGGAGAGGAUCCCGCCUCGGCAGCCAGAUGGUGGUGAUCAAGCAGAACGGCUCCUUCCAGCUCCACAUCCCCAAAAACUUCAUCUGUGAGCACUGCUUCGGCGCCUUCCGCAGCAGCUACCACCUCAAGAGACACCUCCUCAUCCACACCGGCGAGAAGCCCUUCGAGUGCGACGUCUGCGACAUGCGCUUCAUCCAGAAAUACCACCUGGAGCGUCACAAGCGCGUCCACAGCGGGGAGAAACCCUACCAGUGCGAGCGCUGCAUGCAGAGCUUCUCCAGGACAGACCGGCUGCUGCGACACAAGCGGAUGUGCCAAGGUUGCCAAACCAAGACCCCCGACGCGCAGCUGCUGCUGUAGGAGCCCGGCGUCGACAGGACGGGGCAAGGCCCGGGGGGGGGGGGUAUUUUUCCUUCCUCCCCCCCUUCCCCUCCCUCCUCCUUCCUCCCUCCCUUCCUUCCUCCCUUCCUUCCUUCCUCCCCCCCCCUUCGCCCCCCUUCCUCCUGGAUUUUCCCACGCCGUCCGAGGGCUGGGAAGCGCCGCCUGCCUCCCAUUUCCACCUUCCUCCCCCCCCGAUUUUAUUCCUGGAUCCUUCCCCCCCCGCCCCACUUCCCCGCAUCCCUCUCAGGAAAAGGCUGGGAGUCCCCGCGCCCCC